UCNUCAACACCUUCUUGAUGAUUUUGCGUUUAUGGAGAACUACUGUGUCUCCAACUUAACAGACGAUCACUUUUCGCAGAGUUCAAGUUCUGGGUCUGCAAUUUUCAAUUGCCAAAGUACAGGUUCAGAGCUUGAAGUUUCAGACUACUUCAACGAGCAACACCCAGAUCACUUUAGCUUCAAUUCAAAUGUAAUUGAUGACUUUGAAUUCGAGACAAAGCCAAAUAUAAAUAUUUCAAAGUCACCAAAAACAUCGAGCUUCAGUGAUCGGAAGCCGUCGUUGAACAUUUCUAUUCCACCUACAGUGAAGAAACUUGAGUGUAUAAAUGCGAAUAAGAAUACUAAUCAGCAAGUCAAAGUGGGUGAUAGGAAAGUGCCAGAUUCCGGCGAGAAAAAGCACUACAGGGGGGUCAGACAACGGCCAUGGGGGAAGUUCGCGGCGGAGAUUCGCGACCCUAAUCGGAAAGGGUCUCGGGUCUGGCUCGGAACAUUCGACACCGCUAUAGAAGCUGCGAAGGCUUAUGAUAGAGCAGCUUUUAAGCUCAGAGGAAGCAAGGCUAUCCUCAAUUUUCCACUUGAAAUUGGGAAAAACUCGCCGGAAACCUAUCCAUCGGCGAGUAAAUGCCGGAAAAGAGGGAGAGAGGAGGAGGACAGAGAAGAUACUGUGAGACUCAAUAAGGAAGUGAAGAAGGAGGAAGUGACGGAAUCGGACAGCAAUGGUGAGAGAGUUUUAGCGGCGGCUGGUCCAUUAACGCCGUCAAGUUGGACGACCGUUUGGGAUUGCGCCGACGUUAAAGGUAUUUUUGAGGUGCCUCCGUUAUCGCCGUUAUCUCCUCAUCCCAAUUUGGGGUAUCCUUGGCUUACGGUUACCUAAGAAACGGUUACAUGGUCUUGACGGAGUUUACUAAAUUAAGAGUCACCUGUCGUCAUAUGAGUCUGAGGUGAUGCAAGGCUUAGAUUUAUC